UUCUUGGCAUUUUCUGGCUAUCCGACAUUGCGUUCUCCGCGGAGCGUCGAUAGAAAACCAGUAAAUUCUCAGUGAACUCGAAAGGAUUAUCUUCUAAAUGGUGUUCAAUGUGAUAUUUCAAGUGCAUUGCCUAUCGUGAAAGUGUUAUCGUCAAGUUUCUGUUGCUUUUUGGAGGUAAAUUAAAGUUUCCAAAAUUUCCCGCCUCCAAGCCGAACUGUCAGUUGGUGAGCGCGUAAACAAAAGUUUACAAAACUCCGCGCGAGAAAAGUUCUCGCGGUCUGGGGAGAGCUCAGCACUCACCACUGGUUCUUUGUGCGAGUGUGUUGGUGUGUUGCGUUGACUGAGGCACUCACCAUCGCUUUGACAAGCAGUUGAGAGGGAAAAAAGCGAAAAAAAAGUGUUCAAAUCAAGCCAGCCAUUGAAGAGCACGGACGGAAGACGGAACAUCAAAGCAAGCCACCUUCGAGAAAAAAAGUGUCUGGCAAGUCGCAACCCGGAGGAAAAUGCCUCUCCUACGGCAAAAGCUGUUCCAGAAAGUGUCCGGACAAGAAAAACAUCGCGAUAGUGACGAAGUGUUCUACUGUGCGACCACUAAUGAAAUCUUCAGCAAUUACGAAGACUAUUUCCAUCAUGUCGUGCUCAUCUCAUCGAUCGUAUGGACGUGUGAGAUCACGGGCAAACCGAAUCUUACCUACACGGAAGCGCUGGAGUCCGAGAAGCAGGCACGCAAGCUGGUCCGAUCGUUUCCCGCUGCGGUCAAGGGUCCGUUCCUGCUGGUGGCAUCCCACACCAAGCGGAGUUCCUUCAACGAGAUGCUCGAUGAUGUCUUCGGUUUUGUCAAAGAUCAUUACUUCAAGGGAGAAACGGUCGACGCCAUCGAUCCCAACGAAAACGUCUACCGGGAGGCUAAGAUUGUCGAAGUGAUCCCACCGAGUAACAAAACCAGUCCAGUAAAAGCUGAAAAAAUCAAGUACCGCGUCCGAUCCGACGAUGGCAGUGAGCCAAAAGAGUGGACCUUGAGUGCAGAAAGUAUCAAACGGGACCGUAGCUCAGCUACUCGGGACAAGUGUAAGGUUUUCCUAAAGCAAAACGUAGAGCAGGUCAACGGAGUGCUUCGGAUAAAAGAUGCUCCCUUCAAGAAGCACGUAACCGAUGAGAAAAUUACGGACGCUAUGAUAUUCUUCGGUAAGCCACCGGACUUUGGAACAUCAAAAAGUUUGCAAAGGGCCGAAGAGAAGAAGCGCAUUGAGCAGGAAAAGAAAAAAUCUUCCGAAAACGGUCCCAAGAAACGUGGCCCCAAACCUGGUUUCAAGAGAGGCGAUGGCAAACAACAAAGCAUGACAAAGUAUUUGAACAAAUCGUCCGAAGCAACGGACGAGAAGAAAUCAGAGAAAAAUUUAAAGCAAGAGAUGGAACGCAAACGGCAAGAGAAAGCAGAAAAAGAGGCUUUAGAGAAAAAGCUCUGGGAAGAGCGGAAGGCGAUUCUUACCGAACAGGUUGCAAUUGCCAUUAAAAAGUUCAAUACCAUUCAGGAAGACUUGGAGCUGAACGAUCAAAAAAUCAUUCCAGAACCCAAACCAGUGAGCACCAUUAUUGAUUCGAAGCAUUUUAGUGAUUUUAUGUACAUUUUGGAAUUUAUGACGUCUUUCUCUGAACUAUUGUCGAUUAAAGAUAAAUUUUCGAAUGGUCUGUCUAUGGAUCUAUUGGAGAGAGCUUUGCUGCUAAAGGAAGUAAAUGGUCCGUUGAGUGACAUAUUUCAAGUUCUGCUGAGUACUAUUUUCUCACACCAAGUCGAGGAAGAAAACGAAGUAUACAUUCGGUACGAUACAGCGUCCGACUUUGGCAUGCGAAAAAAUGGAAUCCCGUUUUUCAAAAAAGCGACCUUAGCUGGCAUAUGGUGUGAGACUCACUACUGCGCCAAAUUGAACGAACUGCCGAUGGAUUCUACCACCGUUUCGGAAAUACUUCGAUUGCACUUUCUUUCGUCCGGUGCACUGAUUGAAGAAAGGGGAGCCAAGUGGCGGUACUCCAUGCGAGGAGGCUAUCACAGCUCCGACGAUCCUGGAAUCCAGAUAGUGUUGGACAGUCCGCACAUUUUGAAGGCACUCAGUUCGCACACGGUGUUUCAACUUCCAGUUGGCGACGUUUUGAAGAUUUUGAAAUGCCUUAUCGACCAGCUGUUGACGUACAGCAGCGUGCGGGAAUUGAUUGAAGAGCGCCUAGAGAAGGCCAAGAUUGCUAAGCAGCAGUACUUGACGGCAAACGUGGCCAAGCGAAAGCGCGAAGGGCGCAACGCCUCCGAGAAGUGGGAUAUGAGGAACGAAAUCAAGAAGAAGGUCGUUGCUCACGAGGGUACCGUCGAGGAGAAAGCUGCUCUGCGUAAGGAACUAGAAGAAAAAAUGGCUCAAGAUAUAGUGAAAAUGGACGCCGACACCGAACGUGAUGUUAAAAAUAUUCAGAAAGAUAUCGAAAAAUGCAAAAUUAAUUUCUUUGAUUACCAAAUUUAUCUCGGAUCGGAUCGUGCGCAUCGCAGUUAUUGGCUAUUUGAGUCUUUGCCGGGUUUAUUCGUAGAAUACGACCAAACGCUGUCCGGCAAAUGUCUGCAGGAACCUACGCCACAUAUUCCCGGACUGGCCUCUUGUCCCGCUGAUAUGAGGAAAAAGUUCAUUACCCAAACAAUCAUGAAUAACAAACUUAGUGAAGAGGACAAAGAAAACCAUGCAAAUAAAAAGGGAUCACUUCUUGAAAAGCUUAUGUUGAAUGGAAGCGCCAAAAUUAAAGCAUUGAUUGAUCAAAACAAAACUGCCAUGAAUGGAGCUUCUGAGGAAGAUCCGUUAGAUACUAAAACCGAUGUUCCCAAAACGCCUUCCAAUGCAGAACUGCUCAUGUGUACCGCUAAUCCGAAAACUUGUCCAGUGCAUGGCGAUACUUAUUCAGGACCAGUUUGGGGCUUUUUCCACACGGAGGAAGAAAUCAAUGCUCUAAUUGAAAGUCUCAAUCCUAGAGGUAUUCGAGAGAAAACCCUACGCGAGAAUCUGGAAAACGAAAAAGAACUCAUUUUAACACAUCUUAAGGAUUGUCCAGUAGAUCAAAUUACUGCAAAAAUAGAGAAUCGAGAGGAAAUACUAGCGGCUAUCAAUGCCAAGUACAUUAAGAAGUACGAUUCUCCUGACUUCAAUCACGAGCCAGGAACGAAUCCUAGCGUUAUUUUUGAAGCUACCUUGCGGGAGAACCUUCUAGAACUUGAAUCCAAAAUUUCGAUUGGCUACUUAGGCAGCAUGAAAGUGACAGACAGGGAAGAGUGGCGCAGCGCUAUCGAACAAUUCGACUUUAAGCAACUGUCUGCCGAGCAAUUGCGAUGGGGCCGGAAUCGACUGGCGGCAAUGAAGGAGAAAAAAGAGGACGAAGAAGAACAAGAUGAAGGCAUGGAGAAUGACGAAUCGGAUGAUGACAACGAAAAACAACUGUCCCAUGAUAAGGAUCCGGGAUACGAUUUGCCAGACCAGAUCAUCAUUGAUUCUGAUGAUUCAACUGACGAGGCUAAAUUUAUGCAAGAAGCCGCUGUUUUGAAAGAAAAAGUUCACAACUUAGCAACGGCCUUGCUGCAAAUCGAACAGUGCAUCGAUCCGAAGUUCUUAUGCUUUCCAUUCGGAGCUAAGACGAAAAUCAAAGACAAGACAGCCAUCGCUAAAUCAAUAAUCAAGGGACAGAAAAAUCUGGCACGUUGGGAAGAAUCGUUAAUGCGUGCAACUAACUAUUCCCAAAUAUUCCUACAUUACAAUGUGCUGUACGAUACCAUCCAGUGGAACAGAUCAGCCGAGCGAAUCGCUUGUAUGAUUUGUCGUCGAAAGGGUAUUCCAGAACAGACGUUGUUAUGUGACGAUUGUAACCGUGCUUGUCACAUGUACUGUCUGAAACCCAAGCUCAAACAAGUCCCAGAAGGUGAUUGGUACUGUCCGAAAUGCCGGCCGGACGAUUACAAACGUAAAAGGCAGCCCAAGAAGCGGCAGGUCUUUGUAGAAGAGGAGCCUGUGGAAGAAGAAGAACCAGAGGAAGUUGAAGAGGAAGAUCAAGACGCAACUGCAGAUGACGAUGAUACGGAUGCAUCGACCACCGAAGAGGCCCUCGAGUGCAAAAAAUGUAAAGAGACCGGUGCAACUGCGGUGUGUUCUACGUGCUUCACAGCAUAUCACCCGGAUUGUACCAAGUCCCUUUCGGGUACACCGAAAAAACGCUGGAAUUGUGAUACGUGCAAGAAGAAAUCGAAGAAAUCAAGCAGUUCUAAGAAAAAAUCAAAAAGUAGUAAGAAGUCCACGAAAAAAGUGGCCGUACGACUUGCUGCCGCUCCAGUCGAGGACGACAGUUUUGAGAACUAUGACGAUGAUGUCGAAGAUUUCGAAGAGGAAACGGAAGACGUCGUAAACGAAGAGGUAGAGGAAGAAGAAGAAGUUGAAGAGCCAACAAAAGCCAACACGUCAAGAAAACGAAACUCAAAACGCAAAGCUUCAGUAGACGAAAAAUCAAGUGACGAGGAAACGUUAGCAAUGAAAGUAAAGAAGGGACGUCGAUCUUCUGCCAAACGUUCGCUAACGAAUGGAUUCCACGAUGAGGAUGAAAAUGACGAAGAUAUGGUGCCAUCGCCUCCCAGCAAAUCGCGACGAUCGGCAGCAAACGAAGAAAUGAACUCGUCUAAUUCUCGCAAAGCCAGGAGGACUGGUGACGAUCUGCCACUAAAUAGCGUAGCGUUAUACACCUUGCUUGAUGACAUUUUCAAACAUCCGGACUCAUGGCCUUUCGAUAGACCUGUUUCCGUUAAGGAGGUCCCAGAUUACUACACCAUCAUCAAGAACCCGAUGGACUUUGCCAAGAUAAAGUCGAAACUAAAUAUGGGAGAGUACACGAUAAACGAGCAAAUGAUGAACGACAUACAGCUAGUGUUCCGUAACUGUGACUUGUACAACACGGAUGAAACGGAAAUAUACAGAACUGGCCAGAAUCUAGAACGCUUUGUGUUACAACGUUCCAAAGAGUUAUCCCUUCCAUUCAAACCGAGCGACAUGUUGAAGCACGACUCGGUCCUAAAGAAUGGCACCUCCACUCCAUUAACCAACGGUGAGUCCUCGCCCAAAUCGUCACACAAAGAUAGCAGUAGCGGGAAAAGGAGGUCUACGAAAAAGUAAUAAAUUGCUUUUGUCCAACUAAGCGUACAUACAAUAGUUCUAAGAAAGAGAAACACUGGCUAAGUAUUGAUAUGCGUUAAGAGUAGAUUUUACACCUCAUCGUUUCUUGUGACAAUUAUUUCUCGAGGAUGAGCAGUUUUUUAAUACUAGUUCGUACAGUUUAGAUAAAUAUCAUUGAUAACACUUUCUCAUUAUUGGAUACCAUAUCCACCAGAACGUUGGCUAAACUUGCAAAGCAAACUGAUCGUUUAUUGCAAAACAUGCUCUUCUCUCAUUUGUCUAAAUAUUAGGUUUCCUUAUUUUUUUAUUUAUAAUAAAAUGACGUACAUUAAGAUAAAAAAA